GAGUAGGAGGAGGGGACUGAACUACAUAAAGCAAACAAAACUGUCAAGGAACUGGUUGUGUAACCUUUUCUCAUUUCCAUUCGCGAGAGCCACAGAGAGAGAAGUUUGACUCCAAAGACCCGUUUUGGAAACCUUCCUGAUAAGGAUGAAGAAGCUCAUCAUGGACGUGGACACCGGGGUGGACGAUGCUCAAGCCAUCAUGGUGGCCCUCUCGGACCCCACUGUGGAGAUCUUGGGAAUCACUUGCUGCCACGGCAACACACCCCUGGAGAACGUCCUCAAGAACACGCUGCGUGUCCUGAAACUCUGCAACAGGCUGGACAUCCCGGUGUAUCGAGGCUCCUCUGAGCCCCUCCUGCCCAGAAAACUCCACGCUGGGGAGUUUCACGGGAAGGACGGACUGGGCGACGUCCCGGACCCUGAUGCUCCGGGCUUGGAGCUGCUGCAGGAGGAAAAUGCCGUGCAGGCUAUCGUCAAAAUUGUCAAUGAAAAUCCUGGAGAGGUGUCUCUGGUUGCCACUGCGCCACUCACUAACCUGGCGAUGGCUGUUAAAGUUCACCCAUCCUUCCCCAAGAAACUGAAGGCCCUCUACAUAAUGGGAGGAAACACUGAGUCCAGGGGGAACACCACAGUUUGUGGAGAGUUCAACUUCGUGGCCGACUCUGAGGCCGCCUACAUUGUGUUGAACCAGUACACCUGCCCCACCUACAUCACCACCUGGGAAUUCACCUGCAGGAACAUCCUGCCGUGGUCUUUCUGCGACAUGUGGCUGGCCCAAGACACCGAAAAGGCUCGUUUCAUGGAGAGGAUUUCCCGCCACACCAGGAAGAUGGUCAGGACCGAGCGAUAUCAGAAGGAGCUGGUAGCGGGACCUGGGUUCAACUCCUGUGACUCGUACGCCGUGGCUGCAGCCAUAAACGACUCCCUGGUGACCGAGAGCGAACAGGUCGCGGUGACCGUGGAGCUGGAGGGAACCCACACCCGCGGCAUGAUGGUGCUGGACUACUUGGACCUGCUGAAGAAGGAACACAAGGCCUUCAUCUUGAAGAAAAUCGACACGGAGAGGUUCAAACAGAUGCUGAUGGAUGCACUGAAAUAGCUCUUGAGGCACAUUCCUCAAAUAGUAUUGUGUAACUGAUGGUACAUAACACUCUGUCCUUAUCCAGACCAUAAAUACUGGGCGUUCACAACAAUUUACACGCAUCACCCUGCUCACUCAGGAUGUAUUAUGCAAUAGUUAUCUCACGCGAUGAUUUAGAAGUUAGGAUACUCCUCUACAAAAUCCGUUUAUAGCUAUUAAUGACAUGAAACACAGCUGGAGGAACUGACCAAUUGUGAGAGGAAUGCACUAUUAUAAAUAAGCACAUGGUGUAAGCAUGUGAUGGUAUGAAGUUUAGGACUGUUACGUACUUAUCUAUGUACUAUAUAUUUGGUAUCAGACCUGGAAAGAAAAACCUUUCGAUCCAUACAGUAUGUAUUUUGUGGAUUUUAAGCUACUUUUUUUUAAAUGGUUGGGAUGUUUUAGUUCAUUUCAGCUUGUUGUUGUUGGUUGGUUGGUUACUUUGCAGUUCCCGGUUCCAUAGACUUUGGAAAGUUCUUGUCAUGUACCAGCGUUAUAAUAAAAAUAAAAUAUCCAAACUUAACAAAA